ACAAAAAUAUGUUUAGUGUAAAACCUAAUCUUUAUCCUGUUUCUUUUUUGUGAACUUUCCUUUACUUUGUUGACCUACCUUUCUGUCAAGAUAUAAAUUACAAUGACAAAUAAGGAUAUUAAAGAAGCAGAAUCCAUAGUACAGUUAGCUCUACCCACUUGGACGAAAGAACAGCGUCUAUCUAUUGCUCGUAUAUCAGCCCAAGCGCUUACACAAACUGCACCAUUCUCAGGCGAACUAUGGUCUCGCGAGUGGUGGGCAACCAUACUUAACUACCUUAAACUAACGCAACCCGAACUUGAAGCUCAUUAUAUCUCGCUCAACCAAGCUCUCCGACAAGUGUCUACCGAAAAACGUGACAUUCGAAUCGAAAUCUUGAUGGACAUGCUGGCACUUGCCCUUCACAUCACGCCAGACGCUAUGAAGAAAGAGGCUGCACAAAGCAAAAGAAGACAUAUCAUGGUCUAUGAUGCCCGAUCACGUCAAUUUCUGAUUACUCUGACCCAACUGCUCCAGCUCCAACAAGGAAUCAGCGACCUCUGCGCGGUUGAGAGAAGCGUCACUCAGCAAGUGUAUUAUGGUAUGUUGGAGCAACAGAAAAAGCAACAUCCUGGUCAAAGCGAAGCAGAGAUUGAAAGCACAGUACGCGAAGCUGUAGAAAACUCAAAUAAGAAAAAGGAAGCGUUGAGAUGGUUGGCGACAGGCGCAGGAAUAUUGGGCGGUGGCGCUGUGAUAGCCCUCACGGGCGGAUUAGCAGCUCCUCUCUUGGCUCCUAUUUUGGUAGGCGUGACAGGGGCCACUUUUUUUGCUACAGCCGGAGGUGUCGUGCUGGUGACAGGUUUGUUUGGGCUAACAGGAGGUGGAUUGGCAGGUUGGAAAAUGCAUAGACGGAUGAAAGGAAUUGAAGAUUUUCGGUUUCAACAGAUUUUGAACGAUCCGGAUUUACCGCCUGUGCCUGCUUUAAAUGCCACAAUCUGCAUUUCGGGUUUUCUAUUAGAGCCAAAAGAUGAAUCUACGACACCUUGGGAGCGAGCAUUUGAAGGAAAUAGGGCCAACAAUGAUGUUUUCUGUUUAAAUUACGAACAAGAUAUCUUGUUAGACUUAGGAUAUUCGUUCAAGAAAUUUGUAAAAGAUACAGCUAUUCGAUAUGCGGGAAUGGAAGUGGCAAGAGCUACUGUUCUUCAUGCAGUAUUUGCUGCUGUGGCAUUACCUGCGACAGUGAUGAAAUUAGCAGAUGUUAUUGAUAAUCCUUGGCAAAUGGCUGUAGAUAGGUCCAAGAAAGCAGGAGAAGUGCUGGCUGAUAUCAUUGAGCAAAGAGUCCAAGGUCAUCGUCCAUGUAAUUUGGUGGCCUAUAGUUGUGGAUGCUUAGUGAUCUGGCAAUGUUUAUUAGAACUUCAAAAAAGAGGUUUAUACGGUUAUAUAGACAAUGUGAUAAUGAUGGGUGCACCCAUCUCUACUGUCUCAACGCCGGAGGAAGAUGAAGAUAUUUCAUUAAAAUGGGCGCAAGCUGUCUCAGUGGUAUCGGGUCGGUUCGUUAAUUGUUAUACGCCUAACGAUUGGGUGCUGGCGUUUGUCUAUCGGUUACAUUCCCUCGCUAUGAAUGUGGCAGGCCUGGAAGAAGUUAAGGUGUUAGGAGCGAAUGGCCAUAACCGAAUUACGAAUAUCAAAGUGGAUAUAGACGGGCACACAAAAUACCCUUAUGCUGUAAAAGAAAUCUUGGAUCAAGUGCGAUUUGAGUAAGAUAAGAGAACGCAUUGAUAUCAGUGUUUAAGUAUUUUUUCAGCAGUUUAGCUAGUCUCCAUAUAGACAAUAUGACUGAGCAAAUCUGUAAUAUAGGAAUAAAG